CUCCUCGCCUCGCCUGCUGCCUCCCUCCUCGCCGACUCGGGCCGCCGUCGAAGCGGCCGCCGCGGCAUCUGCGGACGAGGGGGUGUUGGGUAUGGCGGCGACGGCAGAUCCGCGGGCGAAGCCGCCCGCCGCGGCGUCGACGCACCACCUCGAGCCGUGGGCGCACCAGCAGCAGCAGCCGCCACCUCCCUCCGCCCACCGCACGGCGGUGCUCCCGGUGGUGGAGUUACUACCGGCGGGUGGGGACUUCGCCGUCCGCGAUCGUCGUCGCUCGACGUCCGACCGUCGAGCCGCCGCGCAGGUCGUCGGCGGCGAGGACCCCUUCGACGGUGGGAUCGAGGAGCUUCGGGUCAAGCUCAUGGGCCACUUGCGAGACGCCGCCGACCGUCUCCGCGUCCCUCAGCCUAGCCACCCUCCCACGCCGCCGCCACCGCCGCCGCCGUCGACGGCGACGGCGCCGACGAAACCGGAGAGCCUCCGGCUGGAGACGGACUCCGACCCCGAGCUCAGGGCGCCGCCUCCUCCUCCUCCACUGCUCCCCCUAGCACAGCCCCAGGCGGACGGUGCACCGAGGCCGUGGAACCUCCGACAGCGCACGCGGCGGCGCCCGGCCGCGUCGAUGUCGUCGUGGGCGGCGGCGGUGGUGCCGGGCUCCUCCUCGUCGCGACGCCGCAAGCGCGCCCCCUUCUCCGUGCCGCUCACCCCGGAGGAGAUCGAGGAGGACAUCUACGCGCUGACCGGCUCCCGGCCGCGGCGGCGGCCGAGGAAGCGGCCGCGCGCCGUACAGCGGCAGCUCGAUUCGCUGUUCCCUGGGUUGUGGCUGACGGAGGUCACCGCCGACGCGUACAGGGUGCCGGACGAGUAGCUGCUCCGGCCGGACGGCGCCGCCAAGCCGCCCAGCUUUCAAAGACCCCACCUACCUCAGCGCCUCGCCACGUCGCGGCCCACGACCGAUCGAGCCGAGCCGAGCCGCACCGGGAUGAUUUAUAACUGCUUGCUUGGAUUCCGUCGCGUCGGGUGAGUCGAGCCGGUAGGUGCUCGUGCUUUUCAACUCGCAAACUCCAGUUUUUUUUCCUCCCUCUUCUCCAUAUUUUGCUCUGUUUUUUUUUCUUUUCGUUUGUACAGUGGUGUGCCUUUGUAAUCCAUCUGCUAAUUCAUCCUAGUAUUUGUACUCCCUCUUCAAUCCGUGCCUCUCGUUAUCGUUCAGUUCUUCUUCUGCUGCUGC